AAACAGAGCCGAGCUUCGACUUUGGGUUCGAUUAACUCGAAGAAGUAGAAGUAGUAAAGCUAUGGCGAGCAACCAAUCCACUGCGGCAAGGGCGACGUUCCAUCUGCCGUUCGAGAUAACGUUUGAAAUCUUAUCGAGAUUGCCAGUAAAAUCCCUCUUGCGAUUCAAGUCCGUAUGCAAAAACUGGUAUGAUCUGAUCAAAACCCCUGAUUUUAUUUCAAAACAUCUUCUUCAAACCCACUCCACUUUCAACUCCACCUCUCUCCUAGUGAUCAAUUACAAUCUUGUACCAGCAACCCGUCAAAUGUCUUUACUUUCAAUUGAUGGGCUUAAUAACGGCCCCAUCAAUCUCGAUUUCCCUUUUCUGAAUGGGAUGAUUAACAAGUAUACUGGGAUGAAUUGGUUCUAUAUUGUGGGUAUCUGUGAUGGUUUAGUUUGCAUACAUUUCUCUCGCCAAGAAUUUCCCUUGAUUCUAUGCAAUCCCUCCACCAGACAGUUUCAGGAAAUUCCGAAUUCCGAAUGGCUGGAUGAGAUGGUUGAGCGGGUCAGUUUUGGGUUUGGCUUCCAUCCCAGUGCUAAUGAUUACAAGUUGAUUAGGAUUGUACAUUAUUUUAGUUCCUUUGAGGAAGCCGUUACCCAAGUUGAUCUGUAUGUGAUGAGCACCCAUACUUGGACGAAAAUUGAUGCUAAUAAGCUAUCGGUGUUCUUUGGGGAGAUCAAUGAUUGGGGGGAGUAUGAUAUCAUCGUUGGAUCUACGGCUUCAGCGGUCUUAAAUGGAGUUUUCUAUUGGUCGGCAUGUGUAAUUCCCACUAAUGAAGUUAUUGUCAUGUCGUUCGACAUGGGUGAUGAGGUGUUCAGGAAAAUAACAACACCGGUGCCUUUAGAUAGGUGUUUUGAUGAAGAUAUUUGGGGAUUUAUAGAACAGACGGAUGAAAAGUUCUGGCGAUUUACAGAACUUAAGGAUAAACUUUCUCUGGUUAUUCGUCCGGAUGAAAGAAGCCUUGAUGUGUGGGUGUUGAAUGCAGAUCAGAAUUCGUGGACUAACCAAUUUAAAGUUGGAUCUUUUCCGAGGAUUUCAGGUUAUGUGAGAUUUGGUGAUAAUGGUCAAAUCAGAGUGGUGGGAUGCGCAAAAAAUGGUGAAUUGGUUGUGACAGACCAUAGUAGAAGUGGUGACUUAAAGCUCUUUUUGUAUGAUACAGAGACGUUGAAAAGAACGGAUCUUUAUUUUGGUUGGGUUCCAUAUCAAUCUGCUUACUUGUAUACGGAGACCCUGCUUCCAGUCACGCAAACCAAUGAAGCAUUGAACUUGUGUAACUGACUCAGAAUGAAGUGGGACAUCCCAAAAGCAAAUGAAAGUUUGACAUUUUCCACGUGUUGCCGGCCCUGUGGAACGUGGAGAAAAAGAUUCGAUCAGACAUGGUGGGAUGCGCUAAUUAUGGUGAAAUCACAGAGAAAGACGCUAGAAGAUUCAGGCAAGUGCAACCUCUUUUUGGAACAUGCCGAGAGCCAAGACACUAAGAAUCUUGUUUUUGCUCAGUUUGGGUGCCCUUACGGCAUUAUUUAAUACACGGAGACUCUACUUCCAGUCUCGAAAAUGAUGUCAAGCACUACAAUGAACUCGUGCUUAACAAGAAGAAACAAGAGAUAAUGUAGCGAUGAAUUCAUGUAAAGACUCCUUGUCAGUUACAUCUGUGCUGACUUUCUCUACUUAUGGAUGGAUAAUUUUCAUGUUUUACAUGUGAUGUAGUUUAUGUUCCAAUGACUGUCAGAUUGCUAUAGUAAGGAGCCUAUGUUUCAUGCGAGGGAGUGUUGUGUAAGCCUGAUUUGGUGCAUGCACGUUGCUUCACGGUGGUUCUUUGAGCAUAAAUGUGUCGGGGGUUGUUUCAUCUGUUUAUUUUGCUUCAGUUUUCUGGACGAAAACUUCUUUGCCGUAUGGGAAAAAAAAAAACUGGACGGAACUGUACACGCUUAUGGACCCUUUUCCAGUUCCCCUUUGAUGGCAGUUCAAGAAAAUGUUCCCCUUCGAUGGUUGGAGGCUUGGAGCUCUUCGUUUCAAAGGACAUAAUGUGUAAGCCAUACAUGUAAAAUAUCAGAUCAAUCUGAUAUCGGCAAGUUUUUAUCCAAACAUCCAAUUUGUUGGUUUAGAAUUUUGGUCCAAACUUUUCAACCAAGACUUGUUUCUGGAUCAAACACGUGCCGAUAUCCAAUUGAACUUGAUAAUUUGUUGUAAGCCAGUAAUCCAGACCGGCAGAGAAGCUUAGCCCAACGUUUUGUUUUU